ACACUUUUUUGACGAGUGACUUCGAAGCUUUUUACUUUGUGGUGCGGGUGUGCCUGUGACGUGUUGGUACCUUAUUGACGCGUACUACUGCUGUCUGUUCUUCAUAUUUUCAGAUAAAUCAUUACAUCCAAAUUUUUUAGUAUUUCAUUUGCCAAAAUUCCGACCAAAAUAACUAAAACAAGAGCAUCCAAACGACGUCAUCUCGACAGCAACCCUCCGUCGUCGCAGUUGCCGUCGCCCGCUCCAGACCUCCCGCCAACAUCACAGUUGCAACAACAACAGACCGACGGCAAUCGACAUUUGCCACCUGCUGCCAAGAUGAAUCGGUCAAAUAAUGGUUGUGCGCAAACCACACAAAAACCCGUAAAUCUGGACGAUAUCUGGACUGAACUAGUCGAUGGUAUACGACAAGUUUUCGAUCAAGAUAAGUCAUUAAACAGAAGCCAGUACAUGAGAUUUUACACGCAUGUGUACGACUACUGUACAAAUGUGACAGCAGCGCCCACUGGUCGUAGAUCUGGUGGUGCACAGUUGGUGGGCAAGAAACUUUACGAUCGUCUUGAGCAAUUUCUGCAGGAGUAUUUGGGCGAUUUGCUUGACAAGUUCAAGUCAAUCAGCGGCGAGGAAGUCCUUCUCUCGCGCUAUACAAAACAAUGGAAAUCAUACCAGUUCUCCAGCACUGUGCUCGACGGCAUUUGCAAUUACUUGAAUCGCAAUUGGGUAAAGCGCGAAUGUGAAGAGGGUCAAAAGGGCAUCUACAAGAUUUACCGCCUGGCUCUAGUCACCUGGAAGAUGCACCUGUUUCAAGUUCUUAACGAGCCGGUUACAAAGGCAGUCCUCAAGUCCAUAGAGGAAGAGCGUCAGGGUAAACUUAUUAACCGCUCACUAGUACGCGAUGUAAUCGAAUGCUAUGUGGAGUUGAGUUUUGACGAGGAGGAGACAGACAGCACUGAACGAAAAUUAUCGGUGUACAAGGACAACUUUGAACGAAAGUUUAUUGCCGACACCUCCACUUUCUACGAGAAAGAAUCUGAAGCGUUCCUAUCAGCCAAUACGGUGACUGAAUACUUGAAGCAUGUUGACAAUCGUCUCGAGGAAGAGAAACAGCGCGUGCGCGGCCCAAACUCAACGAACGCCAUGUCUUAUUUGCACGAAAGCACAGCCGAGGCGCUUAAAUCGACCUGCGAACAGGUAUUGAUCGAAAAGCAUUUGAAAAUAUUCCAAACCGAGUUCCAGAAUUUGCUAAACGCCGACCGUAAUGAUGAUUUAAAACGCAUGUAUAUGCUGGUGGCGCUAUCUCCAAGAAAUCUAAAUGACUUUAAAAUCAUCCUGGAGAUUCACAUUUUGCAACAAGGAACCGAUGCAAUUGAGAAGUGCGGCACCACUGAAGCGGCCAAUGAUCCGAAGAUCUAUGUACAAACCAUUUUGGAUGUUCAUAAAAAAUAUAAUGCACUUGUUUUGACGGCUUUCAACAAUGACAAUGGUUUUGUAGCUUCCCUAGACAAGGCCUGCGGAAAAUUCAUCAACACAAAUGUGGUAACCAAUGCACAUACCGCCAGUAAAUCCCCCGAAUUGCUUGCCAAAUACUGCGAUUUGUUGCUCAAGAAGUCUGCCAAAAAUCCAGAAGACAAGGAGCUUGAAGAUAAUCUGAAUCAGGUUAUGGUGGUUUUCAAAUAUAUUGAAGAUAAGGAUGUCUUCCAGAAAUACUAUUCAAAAAUGUUGGCAAAGCGUUUAGUAAACCAUACAUCGGCAUCGGACGAUGCUGAAGCCAUGAUGAUCUCUAAACUGAAACAGACGUGCGGCUAUGAGUACACCAUUAAGUUGCAGCGUAUGUUCCAGGACAUUGGUGUUUCCAAGGAUUUAAAUACAAGCUUUAAGCAGUACCUGCAAACGGAAAAUAUUACACCCGAAAUUGACUUUGGCAUCGAAGUGCUCUCUUCCGGCUCAUGGCCAUUUAUGCAGAGCAAUAAUUUCCUAUUGCCUUCAGAACUUGAGCGUUCCGUACAGCAAUUCAAUACAUUUUACGCUGCUCGUCACUCCGGCCGCAAACUUAAUUGGCUGUAUCACAUGUGCAAGGGUGAACUUAUUAUGAGCGUCAACCGUAACAAUUCCUCAACCGUCUACACAUUGCAAGCGAGCACGUUCCAAAUGUCCGUGCUGCUGCAAUUCAACGAUCAGCUUAGCUUCACAGUGCAGCAGUUGCUGGACAACACACAGACCCAACUGGAAAAUUUGAUCCAGGUACUGCAAAUACUGCUCAAGGUGAAAGUACUCACCUCAACUGAUAAUGAGAAUUCGCUGACACCAGAGUCGACAGUAGAACUAUUCUUAGACUACAAGAAUAAGAAACGUAGAAUCAACAUUAAUCAACCGUUGAAGACUGAGCUUAAAGUGGAACAGGAGACUGUACAUAAACACAUCGAGGAAGACCGCAAACUGUUGAUUCAAGCUGCAAUUGUGCGCAUCAUGAAAAUGCGCAAGCGUCUGAAUCACACUAAUCUUAUCUCGGAAGUGCUCAAUCAAUUGUCAACGCGCUUUAAGCCCAAGGUGCCAGUCAUCAAAAAAUGCAUUGAUAUAUUGAUCGAAAAAGAGUAUCUGGAACGCAUGGAGGGACAAAAGGACACCUAUAGUUAUCUCGCCUAAUUUUUAUGUUUAAUUGAGAUGUUCGCUUUUUUCAUCUGGGAUAGCCAUUAGAAGUCAUCAACAUGAUCAUAUCACAAACCCACGCACCAAUAUAAAAACAAAAUAAACCUGCAGUUUCCCAAUACCUUCCAGCAUAAAAAA